GACGGCGUGGCUGAGCCCUACAAAACCCGCCCCGGGCGGGCUGGCGAGGCGAGCUUCACAGCCAGGCUCCCCAGCCCGCGUCGCGCAAGGGACGCGGUGGCCGCAGAGCCCGCGGGUCACUGGACGCGCCGGGGCUCUGAGCGGGCGCCCACCAUGAGCCCCGGGACGGCGCCCAGGCCGCCCGCGCUGCUACUGCCGCUCCUCCUGGUGCUCCUGGCGGCGGCGCCCACGACAGGCAAGGGUUGUGUCUGUAAAGACAAAGGCCCGUGCUUCUGUGAUGGGAUCAAAGGGGAGAAGGGGGAGAAAGGCUUUCCUGGACCUGCUGGUUAUCCAGGCCAGAAGGGAUUCCCUGGUCCCGAAGGCUUGCCUGGACCACAGGGACCCAAGGGCUCACCAGGACUCCCAGGACUCACUGGUCCCAAAGGUGUGAGGGGAAUAACUGGAUUGCCGGGAUUUUCAGGUCCUCCUGGACUUCCAGGCAUCCCGGGCCAUCCUGGGCCUUAUGGACCUGCUGGUGUCCCAGGAUGCAGUGGGCCUAAGGGUGAGCAAGGGUUUCCAGGCCUUCCGGGGACACCAGGCUACCCGGGGAUCCCAGGUGCUGUUGGUUUGAAAGGAGAAAAGGGUGCUCCUGCUGCAGAAGGUAUAGAACUUGAUGGAAGAGGUGACCCCGGGCUGCCAGGAGCUCCGGGAUUCCAGGGUUUACCAGGCCUUCCAGGCUUUCCAGGACCUGUUGGUCCACCUGGCCCUCCGGGAUUCUCAGGCUUUCCAGGAACCAUGGGACCUCCAGGACCUAAGGGUUCCAUGGGCGAUAAAGUGAUAGGACAAAAAGGAGAGCGGGGUGUGAAAGGAUUAACAGGACCCCCUGGACCACCAGGAACGGUUAUUGUCACGCUAACAGGCCCAGAUAACAGAACGGAUCUCAAGGGGGAAAAGGGAGACAAGGGAGCCCUGGGGAAAUCCGGACCUCCUGGACCCUCAGGACCGCCUGGAGAAUCUUAUGGAUCUCAAAAAGGUGCUCCUGGAGAGCCUGGCCUGCAGGGAAAACCUGGCAAAGAUGGUGCCCCUGGUUUCCCCGGCACUGAGGGAGCCAAAGGCAACAGGGGCUUCCCUGGGAUACGGGGUAAAGACGGCAUUAAGGGGUGGAAAGGGGACAUUGGCCCUCCAGGAUUUCGUGGUCCAACAGAAUAUUAUGAUUCGUACCAGGAAAAGGGAGAUGAAGGACUUCCAGGCCCACCAGGGCCCAAAGGAGCUCGUGGCCCACAGGGUCCCAGCGGCUCCCCUGGGGUUCCUGGAAGUGCUGGGUCAUUGAGGCUUGGCCCCAGAGGAGCCCCUGGAUCUCCAGGAGUGAAAGGAAGUAAAGGGGAACGAGGGCCCCCAGGAAAGAAUGCAGUGGGGCCUCCUGGGUCCCCAGGUUGUCCUGGUUCACCAGGCCCUGUUGGGUUGCAGGGAUAUCCAGGACCACCAGGUGACAUCGUUUUUCGCAAAGGUCCACCUGGAGAUGGUGGACUCCCAGGCCUUGUAGGGUUUCCAGGAAUCCCGGGAGCCGAUGGGCCCAAAGGGGAACCUGGCCUCUUGUGCAUACAAUGUCCUUGUGUCCCAGGGCCCCCAGGUCUCCCAGGACUGCCAGGGUUGGACGGCAUAAAAGGAAUCCCAGGAGGACAAGGGCCAUCUGGCAUUACAGGAAGCCCGGGGUCCCCAGGAAGUACGGGUCUUCCAGGAUUUCCAGGAUUCCCAGGUGCUCUGGGGGAUCCAGGACUUAAAGGAGAAAAAGGUGAAGCGUCUCAGCCUGAGGGAGAAGUGGGUGCCCCAGGGGACCCCGGGCCCAGAGGGCAUCCUGGAAGAAGGGGCUUGGAUGGAAUUCCUGGAACUCCCGGGAUCAAAGGAUCACAAGGACCCAAAGGUGAACCGGCCCUGAGAGGUGAGAAGGGGGACCAGGGUCCUCCAGGGUAUCCUGGCACCCCUGGGUCCCCAGGACCUGCAGGACCACCUGGACCAUCAAACUAUGGACCACAGGGAGAGCCUGGUCCAAAGGGCACCCAAGGAGUUCCUGGAGCCCCUGGACCACCUGGAGAAGCCGGUCCUAAGGGAGAAUUCAGUAUUUCGACACCAGUCCCAGGGCCCCCAGGACCUCCAGGGCCCCCUGGCCGUGCUGGCCCCCAAGGUCCACCUGGUGUCCCUGGAUCCACAGGAAAAUGUGGUGAUCCAGGUCUUCCUGGGCCUGAUGGUGAACCAGGAAUUCCAGGAAUCGGCUUCCCUGGACCCCCUGGACCUAAGGGAGAGCAAGGUUUUCCAGGAGCAAAAGGAGCAUCGGGUUGUCCAGGAGAAAUGGGGAAGCCCGGGUCACCUGGAGAACCGGGUCUCCCAGGAGCCAAGGGAGAACCAGGACUAGCCAUGCCUGGAGAACCAGGAACACCAGGUUUUCCAGGAGAAAGAGGCAGUUCUGGGGAAAAUGGAGAAAUUGGACUCCCUGGACCUCCAGGUCUCCCUGGGAUUCCAGGAACUGGAGGGCUUGAUGGACCCCAAGGGGAUCCAGGGAAGCCUGGACCACCUGGAGAAAAAGGACCCCCAGGAAGGUGCACAGAGGGCCCCAGGGGAGCCCAAGGACUUCCAGGAUUAAAUGGAUUGGAAGGGCAACAAGGCAGAAGAGGUGAAACAGGGCCAAAGGGAGACCCAGGUAUUCCAGGCUUGGAUAGGUCAGGCUUUCCUGGAGAACCUGGACCACCAGGAAUGCCAGGUCAUCGAGGUGAAAUGGGACCACCUGGUCAAAAAGGAUAUCCAGGAAAUCCAGGAUUUUUUGGACUACCAGGUGAAAAAGGAAUGAUGGGGAUGAUGGGCUAUCCGGGAAACACUGGCCCUCCUGGGCCCCCCGGGAACCCAGGCACCCCAGGACAGAGGGGUAGCUUUGGAAUUCCAGGAGCAAAGGGUGAGAAAGGGCCCCCAGGAACGAAGGGGGAAGAAGGAGAUAAAGGACCUCGGGGGCCUUCUCAAAUAUCCAAUUUACUGGGGGACAAAGGAGAACCAGGCCUCAAAGGAUUUGCUGGAAGGCCUGGUGAGAAAGGAAACAGAGGCAUUCCAGGGUUCCCAGGUUUAAAAGGACUGGAAGGACCACCUGGACCACCAGGUCCACCAGGCCUCAGGGGAGGUCCAGGCAGCACUGGGAAUCCUGGAGAACCAGGACUGCAUGGCGGGCCAGGAAGAAUGGGGAACAUGGGGGUGCCAGGUCCUAAAGGACACAGGGGAACUUCGGGACUACCAGGUUUAACUGGAAGAACGGGUCUCCCAGGUGUUCACGGUCUCCGAGGAGAUAAGGGAGAGCCAGGUUAUUCGGCAGAUACAAGGCCGGGACCACCAGGACCAAAGGGAGAUCCAGGAUUGCCAGGUGACAUGGGAAGGAAAGGAGAAAGAGGGCUACCUGGCACCCCUGGACAUUCGGGGCCUACUGGAACUGAGGGAGCCCCUGGAAAUCCCGGAAGUCCCGGCCAUCCAGGCAAGCCGGGCCCUGAUGGUGAUUUGGGGUUAAAAGGCAUCAAAGGCUUCCCUGGUUCUCCAGGAGUCAAAGGCCCUCCAGGACCUCCAGGAUUGCUAGGAUCUCCUGGACCAAUGGGUAUGAGAGGCAGCCAGGGACAUGAUGGAAUUCCUGGUCCAGCGGGAGAAAAAGGAGAAACAGGUUUGCUGGGGGCACAUCCAGGCCCGAGAGGGAGCCCUGGUGCUCCAGGAGCCAAAGGAGACAGGGGCGCCCCGGGCUUACCUGGCCUCCCGGGCAGGAAAGGGGCAGUGGGAGAUGCGGGGCCACAGGGAUCCACUGGCGUGACAGGACUCCCAGGGCCACCAGGUGUUCCUGGCACGAUCAUCCCUGGCCAGAAAGGAAAUCGAGGCCCACCAGGCCUCAGAGGAAAUCCAGGUGAGACUGGUCCUCCGGGACCUCCAGGGAGCCGCGUAAGAGGCAUCAAAGGAGACAAGGGACUCCUGGGCGAGCCUGGCCCCAGGGGUCUGCCCGGAACUGUAGGAGCCGAGGGGCCACCGGGUCCGCCGGGAGCACCAGGAAGCCCAGGUCUGCCAGGGCUCAGAGGUGAUCCUGGAUUCCAUGGAUUUCCAGGUGUGAAAGGGGAGAAGGGUAAUCCAGGAUUUCUAGGACCAGCUGGACCUCCAGGGCAAAUUGGGCCAAAAGGACCACCCGGUGUACGUGGAGACCCUGGCACUGUCAAGAUCAUCUCCCUUCCAGGAAGCCCAGGGCCACCUGGCCGUGCUGGAGGACCAGGAAUGCAAGGAGAACCUGGGCCACCAGGGCCACCAGGAAUUCUAGGACCCUGCGGGCCAAGAGGUAAACCAGGCAAGGAUGGAAUACCAGGAACUCCUGGGCCAAUUGGAGAAAAAGGAAACAAAGGUUGUAAAGGAGAGCAAGGACCACCUGGAUCAGAUGGACUGCCAGGCUUGAAGGGGAAACCUGGACACAUUGGACCACGUGUAACUGCAACAAUGAUGAGAGGCUUUAUCUUCACCAGGCAUAGUCAGACCACAGCGAUUCCCUCCUGUCCAGAAGGGACAGAGCCACUCUAUAGCGGGUUUUCUCUUCUUUUUGUACAAGGAAAUGAACAAGCCCAUGGACAAGACCUGGGAACUCUCGGCAGCUGUCUGCAGCGGUUUACCACAAUGCCAUUCUUGUUCUGUAACAUCAAUGAUGUAUGUAAUUUUGCAUCUCGAAAUGAUUAUUCAUACUGGCUGUCAACUCCAGCUCUGAUGCCGAUGGACAUGGCUCCAAUUACUGGCAGGGCCCUGGAGCCUUAUAUUAGCAGAUGCACUGUCUGUGAAGGUCCUACGAAUGCCAUAGCCAUUCACAGCCAAACCACUGACAUUCCCUCAUGUCCCAAUGGCUGGAUUUCUCUCUGGAAAGGAUUUUCGUUUAUCAUGUUCACAAGUGCGGGUUCUGAGGGCGCUGGGCAAGCACUGGCCUCCCCUGGCUCCUGCCUGGAAGAAUUCCGAGCCAGUCCAUUUAUAGAAUGUCAUGGAAGAGGAGUGUGCAACUACUAUUCAAAUUCCUACAGUUUCUGGUUGGCUUCAUUAAACCCCCAAAGAAUGUUCAGAAAACCUAUUCCAUCAACUGUGAAAGCUGGGGAGUUAGAAAAGAUAAUAAGUCGCUGCCGGGUGUGCAUGAAGAGAAGACAAUGAAGAAAUCAAAAGAAAAACAGAACUGUUAUUUUUCAUCCUAAAUAACCAAGUAA